UUUUUUAUCUGCUUACCUGCAAGCUACAUAUCUAUUAUUGCUUCUUGUAUUUCCCACUUCUACUUGUGUAUUUACAGAAUAAGCAGGCUGUAUUUAUAUUUUAGGUGUAAGCUUUAUAAAUAACUGCCAUUUUAGGAAUAAGUAAACUCCAGUAAAAUAGUUAAAAUGUCUCAUUUUAAACUUACUUCUUCCACAAAGGCUUCCGAUGUAGUACCGGUAAAGAAGUAUGUAUCCGAAAAAACUGGCUUAACCGUUAUUAUUGCAGACGUUGAAGGUCCGCUUGUAAAUGGAUUUUUCUGUCUCGCGACGGAAGCACAUGAUGAUGAUGGACUACCGCAUACCCUGGAGCAUCUCAUUUUUUUGGGAUCAGAACGGUAUCCCUAUAAAGGAAUACUUGAUUUAUUGGCUAACCGUUGCAUGGCCCAUGGUACAAAUGCUUGGACAGACAUUGAUCACACAUGCUACACAAUUUAUACUGCUGGAGAUGCCGGCAUGCUAACACUACUGCCUAUAUAUCUGGACCAUAUUUUGAGACCUACUCUAACAGACCAGGGCUUUACAACGGAAGUUCAUCACAUAGAUGGAGAUGGUGACAAUGCAGGAGUGGUAUACUGCGAAAUGCAGGGCAGAGAGAAUUCAGCAGAUAGCAGAUGCCAGUUGAGACUACUUCGUGCCAUGUAUCCGAACAGUGGUUACUCUUCAGAAACUGGUGGAAUCAUGAAAAACCUGCGAGAAUCCACAACAAAUAUUAAAGUGAGAGACUUCCACAAGAAGUUUUACAGGGCUGAAAACCUAACAAUCAUCUUAACUGGGCAAAUUAAAGCAGAGGAUGUGUUCAAAGCAUUGGCCACUGUGGAGGAUGACAUCAUUGCAAAGAGGCAGGUAGAGGUCCAAGAAGAAUGGAUGAAGCCAUGGCAGACCAUCCCACCUCCUCCUAAUUAUGGAGAUUUAAGAGAACAGUGGCCUGCUGAUACUGAAGAUUGCGGACAGGUUCUUUUCGGUUGGCGUGGUCCACUCCUCACAGAAGUGAAUGCCAUUAAGGAACUAACAGGAUGUGCAGUGCUGCUGAGGUAUCUUUGUGACACUGCCGCAGCACCGCUGCAACGCUGUUUGGUGGAACGGGAGGAUGCCCUUGCGGGUGACGUCUCAUACAACUUAACUGAAAACAUCGCGUCCUUAAUUAAAAUAGAACUGGACAAUGUUCCAAUCGACAAACUCGAAGCUGCGCGCGCGCAAGCACAGGCCUGCUUAAAAAGUCUUAGAAAUGGCGAAGAGGUGAUUGACAUGGAGCGAAUGAAAGUUUUGCUCAGAAAGCAGUUGAGAGAGAGCAUAGCUAGCUUGGAGUCGGAUCCGCAUCAUGCUGUCGCGUUCAGGUGUAUUGGCGACGCGUUGUACUCACAGAGUGAAGAAGAUUUCCGACUAAGAAUGAACCCCCAAGAAUCUAUGCAUGAACUGUUAGAAGAAACUUCGGCAUUUUGGUUGGGCUUAUUACAGAAGUAUUUCACCGAUGACGUCAUAACUAUCAUUGGAUCGCCAAGUAUCGAAUUGCAAGCAAAAAUGGCAGAAGAAGAAAAGAGGCGACUGGAAGAACAAAGAGCACAAUUAGGAGAAACAGGCUUAGCACAAAAAGCUAAAGAACUGGAACAAGCUAUGGAAUUCAACGAGCGCCCUCCUCCCCCGGGCACACUAGCGUCAGUGCCAGUGCCGUCAUGCGACAACCUCAAGUGCCACAACAUCACCACUUGGAGCUCAGGCGCCGAGCCCUGCCCAUACUUCGACCUUAAGGAAGUGCCUUUGUAUACGAGAGUGCAUAGCUUGAAGACUAACUUUGUUUAUAUCAACAUAGUCUUGGACACAACGUCCAUAGACCAGCUCACGCGCAAGUGGCUCCCCCUGCAUCUGAACGCACUAGCUGAGUGUCCUGUACGGAGAGGAGGCAAGCUCAUACCGCAUGAGGAAGUCAUCGCUACCACUGAGCAACUCACUGUCACAUUCAGUAAUGAUAUUGGGUUUGGGAAAUCGGGGAACUUCACUGUGGGGCAGUAUGGCAACUUUGUUCAUAUUGAGACGAGGUGUGAACCUGCAGACUAUGUACAAGUUGUGAAUCAUCUGUAUGAAGUAUUGUAUGCUGCUGAAUUGACCAAGGAACGGUUGCUUGUCUUCGCUCAGAGACUUAUCAAUGAUGUGGCUCAGGUACGUCGCAACGGACACAAAAUGGUUUAUGACAUGCUUCGCGAUUCCUUGUACUGCAAGGACAGCAAUAUCCAUUGGUCAUCAGUGCUGCGUCAACAGAAGUUCCUCAAAGAGCUGAUAGAGACGCUCAACGCUGGCGGCGACUCAGCUGAGAACGCAUUAAGCGAAGCUAGAGUGACACUCGGCAAUAUAACGGCUAAACCGUGGCUGCAUCUCGCCAGUGAUUUGGAAAGAUAUACCCUGAGCACGGAGCCGUGGAAACAGUUUGCGAGGCCGAACGAAAUUAUACCCGUUGAGCCAAAGCUAUACAGCGACGCGGAACUAAUGUCAGGUUGGGGCGGCGGGUUCGUGGUGGGCGUGGGCGGGCUCGAGUCGUCCUUCCUCGCGCAGCUCAGCGCUGGGCCCAGCGGCUACUCGUUGGUCGAAACCGCACCGCUGGCCGUGGCCCUCAAUUACUUCACGCAAUUAGAGGGGCCGAUGUGGCGCGAGAUCCGCGGCGGCGGGCUGUCGUACGGGUACGCGGUGCGCGCCGCGCCCGCCGAGGCGGCGCUCGUGCUGUCGCUGUACCGCGCCACCAACGCGCCCGCCGCAUACGCCAAGGCGAAGUCGAUCUUGGUGAGGAGCCACGGGAAAAUUUUUUUUGUUGGUCCAUGACACACUCACACAAGU